UUCGUCUGUAGCCGUUAUGCCCGAGCCAGCCAAGUCGGCGCCGGCCCCGAAGAAGGGCUCGAAGAAGGCGGUGACCAAGGCGCAGAAGAAGGACGGCAAGAAGCGCAAGCGCAGCCGCAAGGAGAGCUACUCGGUCUACGUGUAUAAGGUGCUCAAGCAGGUGCACCCGGACACGGGCAUCUCGUCCAAGGCCAUGGGCAUCAUGAACUCGUUCGUGAACGACAUCUUCGAGCGCAUCGCCGGCGAGGCGUCGCGCCUGGCGCAUUACAACAAGCGCUCGACCAUCACGUCGCGGGAGAUCCAGACGGCCGUGCGGCUGCUGCUGCCCGGCGAGCUGGCCAAGCACGCCGUGUCGGAGGGCACCAAGGCGGUCACCAAGUACACCAGCGCCAAAUAUGGUGUAAGUUCCCGGCUGUCUCAGAAGACAAACUGCUUUCAAUGAGUAUCAAGCUAAGGGCCCAGCAGUCACCCCAGCCCCAGAGCUCUCCAACGUUGCCACCCAUGUGCCCUUUUCUGCUGUUACAGCAUAUACGU